ACCCCUGCCCCGGGCGCACGCGCCGUCAUGGCCAACGCACUCCGCGGCGCCGGCCUCAUCGACCGCGAUGAGCGCAUGCGCGACGUCUCCGACAAACCCGGCGGUCGCAAAGGCUCUUCCAAGCACCGCGCGCACCGACCUCGCCCGAUCGACGCGUACAAAGACCACACGCCCGGCCCCAGCCGCUCAUCAAUGGUA